GACGGAUUCCGACGACAAAGCCGUCGUUGCGAAUUGCGAUCAUUGUCCGCCCCUUCGUCAGCGGAGCCCACGACAUUGAUAACGUCAGUGGCGGCGAACGUUAUCAACGCAAUGCAACAACACACAAGUGAUAGAACAAUAGUGACCAUACAUUUACAUUACUAAUUACGGUCACAUUCGUAGCAAAUCAUCAUCAUUAUUAUCAUCAUCGUUGUUAUUAUUUUAAUUGGAGAAUACAUUGUGCGAUAUAGAAUUAAUAAUAAUUGUUGGUCGGGAUUACACAACGCGCACUCUCACACACACGCACACGCAAGGCGACGACCAAUUGGAUCGACUUUCGUGGCUCGUUUGUGUAACAGACUCGGACUCGGUAGUCACGUCAAGUGUUUUGAUAGCCGUGUCCUCGCAAACGCCGCCGCACCCGCCUCCGCUACAGAACGAUCUCUGUGUGUGAGCGCUCCCUUUGUUUGGCUCGCGUGUAUUUUUUUGCCGCCAACGCAGGACAAGCCGGUGUGGUUGCACAAGGGGCAUAAAGCAAAGUAGAAGAAUCGUCAUUUUGGUCCCUGUAAUUUUGGAUGCGCUGAAAAGAAUUACUUGAGGAGGACAUAAUAUAGCUACUAAGCCACACCAUCCCAUUGGUGUCAACAGCAAACAUCAUGAUUGAACCCAUGAUAUCCUAAGUUGAUGAGCAAGUGCAGUAACCUAAAGCUUUUUACUUAACACACAGUAGCAGUAGCAUCUACGCACAUCUUCUACACUACAAUCACUACUCCUAAAAUGAAGGUUUUAGUAUUGUAUGAUUUUGUGGGUGAACCCGGCUCAUCAGAACUAUCAGUGACUGCUGGUGAGACACUGUUGGUAACACGACAGGAUGUCGGUGAGGGCUGGUGGGAAGGAACAAGUGCAUCUGGCCGCACAGGCUUGUUUCCAGCGGCAUAUGUUGAGGAAAUUAAAACCAUAGCAGAUGACAGAACAGAUGAAAGUAAACCACCACCAGCUUUACCGCCACCUCCGUUACCACCAUCAACAGAUCCAUGGGGAGUUGAUGAUCAACAAAAUGAGUUUUAUUCACAAGUACCCGGCAGUCAAAAUCAGCAACAAAAUGCAUAUCCACAUCAACAGUCACCUGAUGAUUAUUAUGACGAUGAAUGGGACGAUGAUUCUGAAUAUGGUGGUGGCAGUACUGUGGCUUCAUCUGCUGCUAUACCUCCAACUAUUCAGUUUCCAGCUAUAGGCACAAAGUCGACAUCGAUUAGAAAAACAACAGGCAAGACAGCUGCAACAACUGGUGGUAGCAGUUCUCGGUUUUCUAAGUUGGUAGGUGGUGGUGAUGCAUCAUAUAUAAUGGGUGCCAUCCAGCCGCCCAUCCACUUACCCGAUACGGAAAACAUUACAAUUGUUGUGCGUGGUGGUACUGGUGGUGGCCCUAUGGCAGUGGAUGUUGAAUGGUGCCGAGACCCUGACGAUGAACCGCAGGGAUACCAGUGUGUGGUGGCAUCUCCAAAGAAAGAAUCGAAACUCAAAGGCCUGAAAUCGUUUAUUGCAUACCAAAUAACUCCAACGUUUAACAAUAUUCAAGUAUCCAGGAGGUACAAACACUUUGACUGGUUACAUGAACGGCUGUUGGAAAAAUACUGCUGUCUAGUGCCUAUACCACCAUUACCAGAUAAACAAAUUUCAGGUCGAUACGAAGAACAAUUCAUUGAACGUCGUAAACAGCAAUUACAGGCAUUUGUAGACGCAGUGUGCCGACAUCCCGUGCUAUCACGAGGUUGGGUAUGGCGGCAGCACUUUAUCACAUGUACGGACGAGAAGCGCUGGAAGACUGGGAAGCGGAAGGCUGAAUCACGAAACACAAGCGCUGAGACGCUCACUGGGGCCAAUGUAUUUUUUGUAAUUAGAGUAGUGUCUGCAGAUGGUAGUAGUGAUCCCCCUCCACCUAUCAACCCAGCUAUAUUAGAUCGUGAAGUGGAUGGAUUUCAAAGAUUUGUGGCCGGACUAGAGGGGGCGUUAAAAAAUAUGGCACAAACUGUUGCAGAACAAUCAAAACGUAUGCAAACAUGUUAUAAACGUGAUGCUCAAAGGUUAGGCCAGUCGUUUUAUAUGCUAGGUCAUGCAUAUAGUGGAGCGUCAUCUUCAUCAAUUGGAGAUACUAGUGGUAAUGGAAAUGUGAUAAGUCUAACUACCCGACAGUUGAUGACGGCACUGAAGAAAACCGGUGAUGUGUACAAUGAAAUGGGUGGACGGCUGAUGGACGAGCUACCUGCUGUAGGAUGGGACUCAUUUGCUGACAUGUUACAUGUGUACCGUGGUGUUGCAGGCGCGUUCCCUGAUAUACUGGCUGUGCACAAGAGUGCAGUGCAGAAACGCAAAGAAUGUGAAAGACAGUACUCAGAAGGUUUACCAAUCGGCAGCAGUGGUGGUGAUGGAGCUGGAGGAUCUAGUGGUGGAGCAUCGUCGUCUGGCUCUGGCGGUGGUGGGGCUGUAGCAGUAACAGACCCAGAACAACAGCGGCGGCUGCUGCGUGAGAUGCAACGUCGUACUGAUUUAGUGUCGUAUGCUCUGUUAGCAGAGAUAAAUCAAUUUCAUCGAGACCAUGUACUUGGCCAAAUGGCUGGCCAUGUUCGUCAGCUUUUACGCAACCAGAUAGAAUAUUACAGAAAAAUUGCUGAUAACUUAGAAAACGUUUUACACAUGUACCCUGAUAAUGGUGAUGAAGACUCUAUAGGAGUUGGAGUAGACCAUCAUUAUGAGCAACAACACUACAACCAAGGAAUUCUUGAUGAUAAUGCCUCUUAUCAACAUCAAUAUUAUUCAAAUCAGUAGAGUUUUAGUAGUUUAGUGGAAUGGGUAAUAUAAAACAUGGUAAAUAACUAGAAUGCAAUUGUUUUUAAAACUGCUUAAUGCUUAUGUGUAACACCUACCCAUAUUAUAUUAGGUAGAGUAUGAUUAAUUUGUUUAAAUUAUCUUGGACUGUCAAUAACCCACUAAUACCAUCUAAAUAAAAAACUAUUGUCAUUCUUAUUAAACAUAUUGAUAAUAUUUUUUGGGGACUUCAUACUAUAACCCCUACUAGUAAUUUUACCGUUAUCCAUAAAUGAAACAUUUUAGUCUGUUAAUUGUUUUUGAUAAUACUUGAUUAUUAUUUUCGUUGUUAUUCUAUCAGUGAUUUUUUUUUUCAAUUUAUUACCGUGUAUUAAUUAUAUUACUAUGAUUAUUACAAUACUACUAUGCUUAUGCCCAUUGUUGUUAUAAAUGUUACUAGAGGUGGGAUUUAUAUUCUUUUCAAUGUGUAAAAUAUUGUUUUUGAAUUUAUGUUACUGUAAAAGUUGCUAACUUAACAUACUCAAUAUCAUAAUAACGAUUCAAAUUAUAUGUAUUUAAAUACAUAUUGCAUAUGUUGAUAAUUAGAUAAUGCAAAAAUUGACAAAUUUUGGUCAAUUUAGAAGUUUCCUAUAGUUUUUAAAAUAUUAGUGAAAUGCAAUGAUAUUUACAUUAAACCCUUUGUGCAACUCGAUUUAGUCAGCUGAUAUUAAAAAAAAAAUUAUUCUGAAGAUCUGAAAUGUCGUCCAAUAUUUUUAUAACAAAUUCUAAUUAUCAAGAUUUGUUGAAAUAUCAAAAUUUUGUUUAAAAGCAAUGACUAAAAGAAUUUGUAAUUUUUAACACUAGAAUUGCAUGUUAAUUAUAUGUUUACAUUGACUAUAAUUGAUAAAAUCUAACAAGUGAUAAUUUCGACUUCAACCUUAUAUUAUUGGGACCAAUUUUUUUUUUUUUUACAUAAUAAGCUAUAAUUGUAUGCAUUUUUUCAAUUUAAAUCAUGGUAUUUGUUUUAUUUACAUAUUUAUUUAUAGUAUAUUUCUAAGGCUAUAUAUAUAUAUUUAUUAUAUUUUUAUUACAUAACAUAUAUAAUAUUUAUAGGAAUACAUAUAUGUAUUUUAUUUUUAUUACAUUAUAUAUAUUAUAUAUGUAUACAUCUAUGUAUUUUACUUUUAUUUAUUUUACAUGUGCCAUUGAUUGGGUGUUAAUUAUUAUGUAACUUUGUAACUUAAAAGGGUCUAUUACAUGCAUGUUAACUAAAUUUAUCUUUAAUAUGUGGUACGAGUAUGUAUUAAAUAAUUUACUUAAAAUAAAUAUGUAUCCUGUGGCUAGUCUGAUAAAUAUGUCAUUAUUAUAAGUUAUUACCAUUUUUUUUCUGUUUGUUAACACCACCAAUAUUAGAUUAUUAUCUUACCAACACUAAUUUUGGGUGCAGUGUAUGUAUAUUACAUUCAUAUACAUUACGCCUUUUUUUAGCUUAUAAUUAUAGAUUAUAUAACAUUUAUAAUAGACACCAAAAUACAAUUACCUGAUAAUUCUAUUUUUUAUACUACAUAUAUUAUGUAUUUAAUAAUUAUUAUUAAUUAAUAUAUAUUAUAAUAACUAUAGCUAUAAUACAUGAAUUAAAAUAUAUUUGUAUACUUUUAUGAAAUUAAAUCUUAAUGGUACAAUUUUGUUGUGGACAAUAUAUUAAGUUAUUCCUGAUUUAAUAUAUUCAUCCUAAUGGUCUUAACUGUUAAAUAGAGUCCAACUGACUGUCAUCAAUUAUCAUUCAUCACUAAGACAAUAAUGGCUAUGUGACUAAACAUUCACCUAAUUUCAAUAAUACCAAUAUUCUGAUUUCUGGCUUUACUGACGUAAAUGAGACGUUAAUGUAAGUCUUAGUUUGAGAUAAGUUUGUAAAUUUGUAAUGGUAAAUCAAAGCUGUAUUUUUGCAAUUGGUGUUGUCCUGAUUUUCGAGUAUGAAUUGUAAAAAGUUACGGAUUACCGAUUAAAUACAUUAAUAUCUAAAUACUUAA